CUUUGACCCACUCAUUCACAACGCCCAUCAAUAUGCAGAUCUUGGAUCCUCACAGCAAUGUGAACAUGCUAACAAAGAGGUCACGCUUAGGGCCCCAAAAUGUCACUAUUAUGGAAAUACCAAAAGCUUAGACUACCGUAUUCAUGCGACUGCAGCCUUCAUCAACGAGGGUAGAUCCUACAUAUCUAAGUUGUUCCAUAGUCCUAGAAGAUUUUACAACUAUAUUACUAACUGUGAAUAUUCAUAAGGGAUAUUCUAAAGCUGGUUUGUCACCAGGAGUACAUACUAAAAAGUAUGCUGACAAAUGCAUGAAGCGGAGAUUAUACAAGCAGGAGAAAGCAAAAUUACCGUCAACAAAACGGAGGCGUCUAUUUCUUAAGAAAGAACGAGCUAUAUGUCAAGGAGCUAAUGAGGCCUUGGAGGGUGUGUCCUACCAGUCAGGAAUUGGUCACGAAGUAAAUGUUGAUGUGGAAAAGCUGCCAGAUCCUAUUCCUCGUGGCAACUUGCAGCCAGUUGAAAAACUUCUGUCUGUUGGUGGUGGUAUCAUGCCACAUAUUACACAAAUAGCUGCAGUAAACAUACAGUCUGGUCAGAAGUUCAACUCCUAUGUUAUACCCAGAUUACCAAUUACAGCAGAGGCACAGACUAUCACAGGCAUUUCCAUGGCGGACAAUAAUACAAUGAAAGUAAAUGGAAGCAUUGUUGAAGCUGUUCCCAUUCAAACAGCUCUGCAAAAUCUCUGUGUCUGGCUUGAGAAGUUUUCUCAUGGUUCCUUUGUGGCCAAAUAA